AUGGCAGGAUCAAGCUCUUCUGAGCUUCGUACACCAGUUUUCAAUGGAGAAAACUAUGAGUUUUGGAGCAUUCGAAUGAAGACCAUUCUGAAAUCUCAUGGACUGUGGGAUUUGGUUGAAAAUGGUUUUGAUGCUUCAGAUCCAGAGAAAAAGAAAGGAAAGGAAGAAGGAUCUAAAGCUGCUGAAGAAGAGAAGUCUACAUCGGCUGAGAUUUUGAUGAAAGAUGCUCGUGCACUUGGACUGAUCCAAGGUGCAGUCUCAGACCAAAUUUUUCCCAGAAUAGUGAAUGAAGAAACCUCAAAAGGUGCAUGGGAUAUUCUGAAGCAGGAGUUUAGAGGCGAUAAACAGGUACGAAGUGUGAAGCUACAAGGCUUACGUAGAGAGUUUGAAUACACUCGUAUGAAGGAUAGUGAGUCAUUCUCUAGUUAUGUUGCUAAACUGUUUGAUCUAAUUAAUCAAAUGAAAAGUUAUGGUGAAGAGUUACCUAGAGAAAGAGUUGUGCAGAAAUUGCUUAUUAGCUUGCCUAGAUCUUAUGACUCUAUAUGUUCUGUGAUUGAGCAUUCAAAGGAUCUUGACACUCUUGAAAUUCAAGAAGUGGUUGCAUCUCUCAAGAACUUUGAACUCAGGUUGGAUAGGCACACUGAAAAUUCCACAGAAAAGGCUUUUACUAGCCUGAACAUAGAGAGUAAAAACUCUAAGAAUGGAAGUUCUUCUGGAGGUAACAAGUCUCAGAGGAACUGGAAGGAAAAUGGGAAGAAUUGGAAUAACAAGUCCAAUUCUAAUCCCAAACCAAAUGCAUCAAAUGAUGGAACUAAAACACCUUGCAAGCACUGUGAAAAACUGCACUAUGGCAAGUGCUGGUUUGAAGGAAAACCAAAAUGCAGAGGAUGUGGAAAGUUUGGUCACAUGGUUAGAAAUUGCCAUGAAAAUCAAUCUGUGCAGAAAGUGAAUUAUGCCAAUCAGGUUGAAGUAACUGGAACAUUGUUUUAUGCAUGCAAUGCCGUGACAGGUGUGAAAUUGAACAAUUCUUGGUAUGUGGACAGUGGUUGUAGUAACCACAUGACUGGAGAUGAAAGGCUGUUGAUAGAUAUUCGAAGGGAUGUAACUUCCAAGGUGAAAAUGGGGACUGGAGAGACAGUUCAAGUUGCAGGAAAAGGCACACUUGUGAUAGAAACCAAGACAGGCAGAAAACACAUUCAAGAAGUGAUGUUGGUGCCUGGUUUAGAAGAGAACUUGCUCAGUGUUGGUCAGAUGAUGGAACAUGGGUAUUGUUUAGUAUUUGGAAAGGGAAUGGUGACAAUUUUUGAUGAUUGGUCACUGCAAAAUCCUAUAGCUAAGAUUCCAAUGACUACCAAUAGGUGUUUCUCUCUCACAAUGGUACCUGCUACUCAGUUGGUGCUGAGAGCAAGUGUGACUCACAGUUUGCAGACUUGGCAUAAAAGGCUGGGCCACCUUAAUGAUCAAAGCAUCAGGAUGCUGGCAAAUCAAGACAUGGUUCAUGGACUGCCUAGUCUGGAGAAGGAUUUUGCAGUUUGUGAAGGCUGCAAGCUGGGAAAGCAGCAUAGAGACUCAUUUCCUGCAGAAUCUACUUGGAGAGCUCAGUUUCCACUUGAAUUAGUCCACACUGACAUCUGUGGUCCUAUGCAGAUUGCAUCAAUGUCAGGAAACAGAUAUUUCCUGUUAUUCAUUGAUGACUAUACAAGAAUGGCUUGGGUUUAUUUUCUCAGAAAUAAAUCUAAUACUUUUGAAUGUUUCAAGAAGUUCAAAGCAAUGACAGAACUGCAGAGUGGACACAAGGUGAAAUCACUUAGAAGUGACAGAGGUGGAGAAUUCAUGUCAAAUGAAUUUCUUGCAUACUGCAGUGAGGCUGGGAUACAAAGGCAGCUGACUGUAGCUUAUUCCCCUCAACAAAAUGGAGUUGUUGAGAGGAAGAACAGGACUGUAAUUGAGAUGGCAAAGUCUAUGCUACAUGAAAAAAGACUUCCGUAUGAGUUUUGGGCAGAAGCUGUUCUUACAGCAGUCUAUCUUCUCAACAGGUGUCCCUCUAAGUCUCUUAAGAAAGUGACACCAUUUGAGGCCUUCACAGGAAGAAAGCCAGGUAUUGCACACUUGAAAGUGUUUGGAUGUCUAUGUCAUGUGCUUAUUCCUUCUGUUUUGAGACACAAGUUGGAAGAAAACAGUCAAAAAUGCAUUUUUGUGGGCUAUGGAUUGUGUGAAAAAGGCUAUAGACUGUAUGAUCCUAAGACUAGAAAGAUUAUCUUGUCUAGGGAUGUCUAUUUUGAUGAAGAAGCCUCAUGGAAAUGGGAGAAUUCUAGCAAUGCAGAUGUGAGAGUGCCUAUGCCAGAUGGAAAUCUAGGUACUGCAGAAACUGAACAGAGGGUAUUAGAUGAUCAACCUCAGUUUUUGGAUACUCAAAUGCAGAUGGAAGAAGAAAUUGCACCUCAAGGGGAAGAAAUGCUUGAUGAGACUCAAAGGUUUGAUCACACACCUCACAAGUGGAGGAGUAUUAAUGACAUCAUGACACAAUGCAACAUGUGCAUUGUAGAACCUGACAGCUUUGAAGAAGCAGAUUUGGAUGAAUCAUGGAGAAGUGCAAUGGAGGCUGAACUCGAGAUGAUUAAGAAGAACAAUACAUGGAAAUUAGUUGACAGGCCAUUUGACAAACCAGUAAUUGGUGUUAAGUGGAUCUACAAGGUCAAACUGAACCUAGAUGGUACUGUGCAGAAGAAUAAAGCUAGGCUUGUGGCUAAAGGCUAUUCACAGAAGCCUGGAAUCGACUAUAAUGAGACAUUUGCCCCUGUGGCAAGACUUGACACCAUCAGAACCUUGAUAGCCCUUGCAGCACAAAAGGAAUGGAAACUAUUUCAACUGGAUGUGAAGUCUGCCUUUCUCAAUGGCAUUCUAAAGGAGGAAGUUUAUGUUGAACAACCUCAAGGAUAUGUUCAAGAGAGCAAGGAAACCAAGGUGUACAGGUUGAACAAGGCUCUAUAUGGACUGAAACAAGCCCCAAGGGCCUGGUAUGAUGAAAUAGAUGCCUAUUUCAACACUGCAGGUUUUAAGAAGAGCUUAAGUGAAGCUACUCUCUAUAUCAAGACAAGUGACACCUCAGGUAUUAUCAUUGUCUCACUUUAUGUAGAUGACAUUAUAUAUACUGGAAGCUGUCCUAAAAUGCUUGAAGAGUUUAAACAAGAUAUGAUGCAACACUAUGAGAUGACAGACUUGGGUCUGUUGCACCAUUUUCUUGGCAUGGGAGUGGAACAAACUGAUAAGCAUAUUUUCAUUCAUCAAAAGAAAUAUGCCAUGAAAAUUCUUGAGAAGUUUGGAAUGAGAGACUGCAAGUCAGUGGCAAUUCCAUUAGUGGUGAAUGAGAAACUGUGUAGAGAAGAUGGAAGUGAAGCAGCAGAUGAAAGUGAAUUCAGACAGAUUGUAGGGAGUCUGCUUUAUCUGACUGCCACAAGACCAGAUGUCAUGUUUGCAUCUAGCUUGCUUGCUAGGUUUAUGCACAAUCCCUCAAAGAAACACAUGGGAACUGCUAAACGGGUGCUGAGAUACAUACAAGGCACAUCAGAUUUUGGAAUUGAGUUUGCAAAGGGGAAAACAGCUACUCUAAUUGGGUAUUGUGACAGUGACUGGGCUGGGAGUGAGGAUGAUAUGAGGAGCACCUCAGGAUAUGCCUUCUCACUAGGCUCAGGCAUGUUCUCUUGGGCUUCCAUCAAGCAAAACACAGUUGCUUUAUCUACAGCCGAAGCUGAAUAUGUGAGUGCUGCAGAAGCAACUUCACAAGCUAAGUGGCUCAGAUUUGUGCUUGAAGAUUUUGGUGAAGAACAGGUAGAAGGGACUCCAAUUCUAUGUGACAACACCUCUGCAAUUGCAAUGGCAAGGAAUCCAGUCCAUCACCAAAAGACAAGACACAUCAGCAGGAAAUUUCAUUUUAUAAGGGAAGCCAUUCAAGCAAAAGAAAUUGAACUGGUGUACUGCAAGACAGAAGAUCAGAUAGCAGACAUUUUGACUAAGGCUCUGCCUAAGGAUCGGUUUGUGAGGUUGAGAAGCUUGCUUGGAGUGAAAUCAGCUAAAGGAUUAGAAGGGAGUGUUGAAAUAUAA